GAGAGGAAAACGAUGGUGAAAGCGUGGCUUUUUGCAUGAGUCAUAAGGCCCAGCAGUUACAACUGGUCAAAUCCAUCUUUAGGCCCUAAGAUGUGCUGAUGAGUGAAAACCAAACAGCUUGGAGGGUUUAUUAAGUGGGCCAGUUGCCAUAGCGACGCUUUGGCAAGAUACUGCCAGGAUAAGCCAUAAUGGGUCUCCUGACGCAAUUCACUCUACUCCUGUGGAAGAACUUCACUCUCCGGAAGAGACAAAAGGUGCGACUGGUCAUUGAAGUCAUAUGGCCUCUGUUUCUCUUCUUCAUACUGGUGUGGGUGCGGUCCACCAAUAAGCCAAUUUACAAAGGCCAAUGUCACUACCCAAAUAAAGCCAUGCCAUCGGCUGGCUUGCUGCCCUGGCUUCAAGGUAUGAUCUGUAACAUCAACAAUCCCUGUUUGAACUACCCAACACCAGGGGAGACACCGGGCCAAGUCAACAACUUCAACAAUUCCAUAAUUGCCGGAAUGCUGAUAGAGAUGCAAACCCUCCUGGUGAACAGAUCUAUUCUCAGCAAAGCACGAUUGCUGGCAGAUGACAUCGACCAGUGGGCUUCAGUCUUGCCACAGUUUAACCCUGGUAAUGUUCAACCAGUGACCCUAAGGAGUGUUCUACGAGACGAUGAAACUUUCUCCACACAUCUGAAAGAGAAUUUGUCGGUGCCACCAACGGUCGCUGAAAGCCUCAUAAAUGCUAAGAUUUACAUCAAUCCAAUGACGGGCAUUCCCAGGCCCGGCAGCCUGAGGAGGAUCCUGUGUGAGGGGACAGAUCUGGAUGAGUACGUCCAAUUUAGCAGCCAGGCUGAGAAGGAGGCUUUUCAAAAUGUCAGCUGCUCCCUCACUCCACAGCAGCUGAUUAACACCCAGCAAGUACUCCUGCAAAACCUGGAUGUGAGGAAAGUACUUUCUGAGCAGUCUUCUCCUUUGGAUCUGAACGGAGCAGACGCUGUGACGCUGAUGGAGAAAACCACUCGAAAUGCAAUACCAGUGAUUGAAGAGAUGGCCAGGUUGCAGAGCUCCAUGAUCUUUAAGGCUGCUAGUUCACUGGAUUUCCAAGAGGACAUGAUUGGCAGUAUCAAUAUGCUACUGUGUGGAAAGCAGCCUGACUUCAAUUCCACCAAUAUGACCCUCAGUUUACGCUCACCUAGACAGAUGGCUAACAACAAGUCAAUCUCCAUUAUGGGCAACAGUUCCGAUGCUUUUUGUCAGACUUUUGUCGACACCCUGGAGGGCACACCUGGUCUGCGCAACAUUUGGAGCACUUUCAAGCCGUUAUUGCAAGGCAAAGUCCUCUACACACCUGAUACACCUGCUGCUCGCCUCAUUGUGAGCGAAGCAAAUAGCACAUUCAACGCCUUAGCUAUGUUAAAAGAGCUGGCUGAUUUGUGGGAUGAACUUGGGCCACGUGUCUGGAAUUUCCUUCAAAACAGCCCUCAAGUGAAUGCAAUACGGGCUUUGCUGGUGAACCCAGUGUUUGCUGCUGUCCUCAACCAGCGCCUCAAUGGCACAGGAUGGACGGCCGAGCUGCUGGCCAACUUCCUGUACAAUGGGCCCCCUGAGGAUCGUCCACCCGGCAUGCCGCCCUACGACUGGCGCGAUGUUUACAACUCCACGACCCAAAUACUGAAGCUUCUCUCCAACUUCCUUGGUUGUUUAGACCUGAAUAAGUUUGAGGCUGCCCCCAGUGAAGGCCAUCUGGUGAGAAAAGCACUGGAGCUUCUGAAGAACGAUACGUACUGGGCCAGUGUUGUCUUUGAAAACCUCCAGCAAGACUCCAGCCACCCCCCUCCUUAUGUCAAGUACAAAAUCCGCAUGGACAUCGAUGAAGUAGAGCGUACCAGCAAAGUGAAAGACAGGUUAUGGUCUCCCGGGGCCCGAGACAAAUCCUUUAGCGACCUGCGCUAUAUAUGGGGAGGCUUCGCCUACCUGCAGGAUAUGAUGGACCAUGGCAUUAUACGAGUACAAACAUCAAAGACCCAACCCUUCGGUGUUUUUGCCCAGCAAAUGCCAUACCCUUGUUUCGUGGAUGACGUGUUCCUCCGGUCUCUGGCUCGCUCCCUCCCCUUGUACAUGACGUUAGCCUGGAUCUACUCUGUGGCCAUGAUCAUAAAGGGUAUUGUUGCUGAGAAAGAGGCGAGGCUUAAGGAGACAGUGAGGAUCAUGGGCCUGAGAAGUGCCAUCUAUUGGCUGAGCUGGGCAGUGUCCAGUGUGCUUCCACUGGCUGUCAGUGCUGUCCUCCUUACCAUUAUACUGAAGUAUGGGAAAGUGCUGCAGUACAGCGACCCCUCAGUAAUCUUUGUCUUCCUGCUGGUUUUCUGCGUGGCCACCAUCACUCAGUGCUUCUUCAUUAGCGUCUUCUUCUCUAAGGCCAACUUAGCAGCAGCGUGCGGUGGCCUCAUCUACUUUGUCCUCUAUCUGCCGCACAUCUUCUGCUACGCCUGGAGGGACGUCAUGGGUUUCGGGGCCAAGGUUGCUGUGAGUUUAUUGUCAUGCGUGGCCUUUGGCUAUGGAUGUGAGAACUUCUCCAAGUACGAGGAGCAAGGCAUCGGCAUUCAGUGGUACAACAUUGGCAAGAGUCCAGAAGAGGGAGAACGCUACACGUUCAUUGUGUCCAUCAUCAUGAUGCUCUUUGAUGCUUCUUUAUACUGGACGCUCACCUGGUACAUUGAGAAUGUCUUCCCAGGCCAAUAUGGAAUCCCUAAGCCAUGGUACUUCCCUUUCACUUCAUCUUAUUGGUGUGGGAGAGCCUCAGUGCCUGAAGUUGACCCCGGUUUGCUGAAGGACUCCUGUGUACAUAACGAGUAUCUGGAGAAACCACCACCCAAUAUGAAAGCAGGGGUCUCAAUCCGCAAUCUUGUCAAAAUCUACAAAACUGGAAAGAAGCUUGCUGUGGACGGACUAAGUAUGAACUUCUACGAGAAUCAGAUCACAUCUUUUCUUGGCCACAACGGAGCUGGGAAAACAACCACGAUGUCCAUUCUGACAGGACUGUUCCCGCCUACAUCAGGAACAGCCCUCAUCAAUGGAUAUGACAUCCACACUGACAUGGAUAGCAUCCGGAAGUAUUUGGGAAUGUGCCCACAGCACAAUGUCUUAUUCAAUGAGCUGACAGUGGAAGAGCACAUCUACUUCUACGCUCGACUGAAAGGACACAGCCGUGAUGAGGUGAAAAUUGAGAUGGACCAGAUGAUUAAGGAUGUUGGUUUACCACAUAAGCGGAAGGAUCUCGCUAAGAACUUGUCAGGUGGCAUGCAGAGAAAGCUGUCUGUGGCUAUAGCAUUUGUUGGCAGCUCAAAAAUCGUCAUCUUAGAUGAACCUACAGCAGGAGUGGACCCCUAUGCCCGCAGGGGUAUCUGGGAACUGCUGUUAAAGUACAAACAAGGUCGCACCAUCAUUUUGUCUACACACCACAUGGAUGAGGCAGACAUCUUGGGUGAUCGCAUUGCCAUCAUCUCCCACGGAAAAAUGCGUUGCUGUGGCUCCUCGCUCUUCCUGAAGAAGUGUUUUGGCAGCGGUUACUACCUCACUCUGGUCCGAGAUGGGAAUGAAAAGAUGACAGCUCAGCGUAAUGGCAUUAUACACAGUCAGGCCAAAGAGGAGAGACACCGUCCUUCGAGGUGCAGCCCAGAUGAUGGCAUCGGCAGCCAAAGCUGGAGCAGCUCUGAUCCCUCAGAUUUGACAGCUCUGGGUCAGCUUGUGCGCCGUCACGUCCCUGAGGCGGUCUUCUUGGAGAGCAUCGGUCAGGAGAUCAACUACAUUCUGCCCUAUGGUGGAGCCAGAGAUGGGACCUUUGCUCUGCUCUUCCAAGAGCUCGACCUGGCCAUGGCUGACCUCGGCCUGACCAGCUACGGCAUCUCUGACACCACGCUGGAGGAGAUAUUUCUUAAAGUGGCUGAAGAUACUGGAGUAGACGCAGAAAUACAAACAACAAAAGAGCUGGUGAGAGACUGCAAAAGGAGCUCCCUCGAAUCCAAGCGGAACAGCAUCGCCAGUGUCCACACUAUACCACAACAAGUCUCUGGAAUGAGUGAAAGAUUCACAAGUAAAGUGGAAGACUUAAAGAGAAAUGCCAGUGCCAGUGGGAGGGGGUCCAUGGUCAUCACUGGGUGGGAGCUGAUCAGGAGGCAGUUCCUGGCGCUCUUUAUCAAGCGCUUCCACCACGCCCGGAGGAGCCGCAAGGGACUCAUUGCCCAGGUGGUCUUGCCUGCUUUUUUCGUGUGCCUGUCUCUGAUCUUCUCACUCAUCAUCCCUCCUUUCACUGAAUAUCCCAGUCUGGAGCUGCAGCCCUGGAUGUACGGUCUGCCUCAAACCACAUUUUACAGCAAUGAUGGGCCAGACAAUGCAGAGGUGUCUCGGGUGGUGGAAACCUUGGUGAACAACCCUGGCUUUGGGACUCGCUGCAUGAAUGGAAACCCUAUACCGAAGCUACCAUGUUCUUCUAGUGGGUCUGAUUGGUUCACUCCAUCCGUAGAUCAGUCAGUGACCGACAUCUUCCUCAACGGGAACUGGAGCAUGUCUAACCCCUCCCCCUCCUGUCAGUGCAGCACGCCUAAACGGACCAUUAUGUUACCUGACUGUCCACCUGGUGCAGGAGGGCUCCCUCCACGUCAGAGGAUCCAGAACACGACAGACACAUUGCUGGAUUUAACUGGGCGUAACAUGACAGACUUCUUGGUCAAGACCUUUGAACACUCGGGUAAAAAAAGAUACGGGGGGAUUUCUGUCGGAGCGGUCAACUCUCAAGUCCGUCUGACUGAGGGAGCAAUUGAAGCUGCAUUCAGGGAUCUGAAAGAGCUAUUCAGUUCAUUUCAGGAUAAUGUGACUGAUCAGAUCUUACAGAAGUCUGAGACACUGCUGAAGAAGCUGGGAACCAGGGAUAAUGUAAAGGUGUGGUUCUACAACCAGGCAUGGCACGGCAUGGUGUCUUUCCUCAGUGUGGCCAAUAACGCCAUCCUGAGGGGAAAUCUGCCAGCAGGACAGAAUCCCAGACAGUUCGGCAUCUCUGUGUCCAAUCACCCCCUCAACCUCACCAAGGAGCAGCUCUCCUUUGUGGCCAUGGCCACAACCUCCACUGACGUGGUGGUGUCCAUCUGCGUUAUCUUUGCCAUGUCCUUCAUCCCUGCCAGCUUUGUCCUCUUCCUCAUCCAAGAGCGGGUGAGCAAAGCCAAGCAUCUGCAAUUUGUCAGUGGAGUAAACCCAGCUGUAUACUGGUUGGCCAAUUUUGCCUGGGACAUGUGUAACUACAUCAUCCCGUGCUUGAUUGUGAUUGUGAUCUUCCUCUGCUUCCAACAAAAAGCCUAUGUUUCCCCUCCUAAUCUGCCUGCUCUGAUUCUGCUGCUUAUUAUGUAUGGGUGGUCCAUCACCCCCAUGAUGUACCCUGCCUCCUUCAUCUUCAGUGUGCCCAGCACAGCCUACGUGGUGCUGACCUGCAUCAACCUCUUCAUUGGUAUUAACGGCAGCGUGGCCACCUUUGUUAUGGAGCUCUUUGAUGAUGAUAAUGUCUCCCGCAUCAACGAUAUAGUGAAGCAGGUGCUGCUGAUAUUCCCACAUUUCUGUCUGGGCAGAGGGCUAAUUGACAUGGCCAAGAACCAGGCAAUGGCCACCCUUUUCAGCAGUUUUGGGGAAGACCGUUUCAAGGAUCCUCUCAGCUGGGAAAUGGUGGGAAAGAACCUUUGUGCCAUGUCCAUCCAGGGAGUUGUCAUGUUUGCCAUGACAAUCCUCAUCCAGUAUAAAUUCUUCUGCAAACCAAGGCUUAUUUCAGCGGAGUCAUUAUCUCCAGAGGAAGAGGACAUCGAUGUUGCUCAGGAACGUCACCGAGUGUACGAAGGCAAAGCCGAGAAUGACCUUCUGAGGAUCUGUGACCUCACCAAGGUAUACCCUCGGAAGAGCACCCCUGCUGUGGACAGGCUAUGUGUGGGCGUACCUGCUGCAGAGUGUUUCGGCUUGCUGGGAAUCAAUGGGGCUGGGAAAACCACCACGUUCAAGAUGCUGACAGGAGACAUCCCAGUCUCUAGUGGAGAGGCCUUCCUAAAUGGAUACAGCAUACGAACAGAAAUGAGGGAUGUGCACCAGAACAUGGGCUACUGUCCUCAGUUUGAUGCCAUCAAUGACCUGCUUACUGGACGAGAACACCUGGAGUUUUACGCCAGGUUACGAGGGGUACCAGAAAACGAGGUCGCCAUGGUGGCAGAGUGGGGCAUCCAGAAGUUGGGGCUGAUCAAAUAUUCCAGCAAGUCAGCAGGUACCUACAGUGGUGGGAACAAGCGUAAACUUUCUACAGCUAUGGCCCUGAUCGGUUGUCCUCCAGUGAUCUUUCUGGAUGAGCCAACAACUGGGAUGGACCCAAAGGCCCGGCGCUUCUUGUGGGACUGCAUCCUGAGUGUCAUCAAAGAAGGACGCUCAGUCAUUCUCACAUCACACAGUAUGGAGGAGUGUGAAGCACUGUGCACACGCAUGGCCAUCAUGGUAAACGGCCGCUUCAAGUGUCUUGGGAGCAUCCAGCAUCUGAAGAGCAGAUUUGGUGAUGGCUACACAGUGAUUGUGAGGGUUGGUGGCUCCCCUCCUGCCUUGAAGCCAGUCGAGGACUUUGUCCAGCAGACCUUCCCAGGCAGUGUCCUAAAGGAGAAGCACCACAACACGCUGCAGUACCAGCUGCCGUACACACAGGGAGCUUUGUCCACCAUCUUCAGCCAAUUCACCAGCCAUCAGCAGAGGCUGGGUGUGGAGGACUACUCUGUGUCCCAGACCACUCUGGAUCAGGUCUUUGUGAAUUUUGCGAAGCACCAGCAUGGAGAGGAGGAUUCUCGGGCCUACAGCAACCCAGUGGACACCUCAGACGAGCUGCCAUUGCAGUCUGUGAAGACCUCCCAUGAAGCUGAGAAGGUGUAACAGCCAUAGCAAAAGCAUAACACUUCUACACUUACACUGGGCUAGCAAUAUAUCUUUACCACAACUGAAUGUGAUUUGCACUGUAAAAAAUUAUGGGUUCAUGAGCGAUGCCCUGUAUUUGGCUCUAAUUUCCACAAUAUGAAAGGAGGCCUUUCAGAAUUAUCUUUGACUUAACUUUUGACCCAGUGCACCAUUACCUCAAUCAACAGUGACAAUCAAGUGUUUGUGGUGUCUGCACAUUUGUCUAAAAAUGUGUCUUUCUAAAACUAACUAAUUCUCUACAGCUGGAGCACUGAUUAUAAAGUCUCCACCCAGUGCGGACACCAUUAAAUGAUUAGAUCUGGAGUCCAAAUGAGUGUAGAACCAUGUGGUUGCUAUAAUGCAAUAUUUGCCAGACGUUCAGCAGACUUGGGCAGCGUGCCAGUUCAGUUUUGUUUGGAGUAUACUGCUGAUCUUAACAUACCUCAAGAGAGUGUAAGGGCCAGAUGAUUCCCUGAAAGCAUCACGCAUUGCACAGAUACCUCAGCACUGACCUUCAAAUUGAAUUAUGUUUUAGAUUUUUACCAGUUGUUUACAUUUGCUGUGGAUUCUAAUGAUAAAUGUUGAACUGUACAUCUGUAUAAAAGAGAAAACCCCUCCAUGAUGUGUUUUGACACCAAAGGUUGACGUGGACUCAUGAACUGAUAGUUACGGUUAGUUUCACUCACCAUUUCAAAAAAUCUGAAUCAAUAAUAUUCACAUUUAAAGACAUAGAAUAUCAAAGAAUAUCAACAAGCGACAAAGGAAGAAUCUUUUAUCCACACAAAUUCCAACAGACAUUUAACCAUCAUCAGUUUCAGCCACACUCUGUGAUUUGCUGACAGGCAGAUCAGUGAUUGCCACUAAGCAGAAAUGAUGAAUAACAGCUCUGUCAGAUGUGUUGGCUUUGAAUAUCUGAAUGAGCCUCCAAUCAGCUGUAGACGGUAUUUAAUGAAAGACGCUGAGGUUACGGCAGUGUGGCAACACAGAGUCCAUCAGAGUCAACAAGCUGUCAAACGUUUGGUCUUCAACAAAGGCAGCACAUCCCAUGUGUUCACCAACCACAGCUCACAGGCAAGUGCUAUUCAGAGCCUUUCUCAUGCUGCAUUAGCUGCAGUGCUUAUGAAUGUAAGUGGAAUAACUAAUGAAUGUAUGAGCAUAUUUAUACUUUAAUUUUUUUUAAUGCAUUGCCUUGUGAAAUCUCUCUAUUUUACUCACCAA